GGGCGUAAUGCGGUAGCUCCAACCACUUUUCACCUCAACACGCGACCAGUCCAGCACUUUCAAUUCGGAUACUUCGUUCUUUCCAGCUGGUCAAGCAAGACUCCUUACACACUAUACAUACCAUCCCCUUUUUUUGAAGGGCCUCCCUGUUUCGCACAUCCGGAUUCCUGGUGAAUCAAUCUCAAGGCGCUCCACAUCACAACGAUGAGUUUCCAACCAGUUAACCCCCGGCCCUUUCUGCAAGCUCGGGUCGGCACUGAGGUUAUCAUCCGUCUCAAGUGGGGUCAGACAGAGUACAAGGGCAAGCUGGAGAGCAUCGAUUCGUACAUGAAUGUGCUCCUGAGGGAUACGGAGGAGUUCAUCGAUGGAAAGAACACGGGUACACUUGGCCUUGUGCUGAUUCGGUGUAACAACAUUCUCUGGAUGGGAUCGGCAGACAGCGUUGAGAUGACGGAUUUGGGACUACGAUAGAGAAGAGAAGGUGUCAAUGGGCGUCAUUGAUGGAAUACCGACUGAGGACGAGGAUACCUAUACCAACCGGAAUCGCUCCUGAACGAGGCAAAUGUCGCAAAAACGAGGAAGGGCUAUACACCAAUUGAUUAACAGGUCUACGGCAAGCCUCGGUCUCUUGUUUAUUCUCUGAUCUCUCUGGUACAAGGCGUUUUUAACCACUGCUUUUGAAUAUGAUUUGCAGAUUCAGGCUGGACAGAGAACGAGAGACCUAAUGUGUGGCAUAUUAGACAUGGGCUUGCUCUAGUCAGUUCCUCCAGUUAUGUAUGGUAAUACCAUCAUAUAAUCGUACGAAUAAUGCGAAGCCUCUGGACAUCUCUCGAC